UGAGAGUGAUAUAUAAUAUACAAAUAGAAACAGCGAUAAGAUUUUAUGAAAUUCUUUCAGAAUUAUUCUGAAUUUGGUUUUCAUAAAUUUUAACAAAUUAAUAUUUAUGUCAUCUGACUAAUAAGGAGAUCAAAAACCUUUAAUGCAGCCCUUUUCUGUCCUGGAGCCAGAUGGUAAGAAGGAAUCAAGUUAUAACAGUUCUAAAUAUGAAGGGUAGACACUAUUAAUAUAAUUACUAUUAGUAAAUGCGUUGAUCCUAGAUUGAUGACAUUUUGUAUCACUAAUUUUGUAAUCAAUGUUGGUAUUUCGUAAAUUGCUCCUUUCUAUCCUGGAUUAGCUGCAGAUAAAGCUGGUCUCACAUAUUCUUAAAUAGGAUUAGUGUUUAGUAUCAAUCCACUAGGCUCUAUUCUUUUUAGUUUUGUUAUAGGAAGUUUUAUUCAAGUUUGGGGUAUUAAUUUUAUAUAUACCUAGGUCGAAAGAAAUGUUUAAUGAUUGCUUUAGUGGUUUAAUCAUCUGUUUAAAUCUUAUUUGGAUGUCUCAAUUUUAUGACAGAUAAUAAGAAUUUAUUCUUCUCAAUGUCCCUCUUAUCUAGAUUUUUCUAAGGUAUGAGUAGAUCUGUCUAUUCAACUGUUACUUUUGCUUAUGUCCCAAUAUUUUGGCCAGGAGAAUUUUAGAAAAAAUUAGCAAUUAUGGAAACUAUGACUGCGUAAGGAUAUUUAAUAAUCUAUAUAGAUUGGGUUUAUUAUUUGGUCCAAUGAUUGGUAGUGUUUUAAAUUAUGCAUUUGGUUAUUCUAUUCCAUUUUUCGUUAUUGCCAUAUUUUUCUUAUGCGCUGAAAUUCCCACUUAUUCAUAAUUACCACCUGAUAGUACUAUGAAAACUUUUGAAAAAAAAAAAAAACUACCUAUUAUAAAGGCAUUUACUUCCAUAAAGGUUAUAGUAACUAUAAUGAAUGUAAUGUCUAUUACUGCAGGUUAUACUUAUUUUAAUCCAUUCUUUGUAAAUCAUAUGUAAUCUUUUGGAAUUUCAGAAAAUAUAGCUGCAUUUAUUCUCACAAUUCCUGCUAUUUUCUAUAUCGGUAUGGUGAAUAUAAUACCAAAAAUUGGAAAGUAUGUUAAAAAGACGUUUAUGAUGUCUUUGGCUUUAGUGGUAUGCUUUAGUGGAAACAUGAUAGAAGCACCAUUUUGGGGAGAAGGUAAUACAUUAGCAAGUGUAAUAAUUGGAUUAAUUUUGGUUGGUGUUUCACAAUCAUUUUCAAUGAUUCCUAGCAUUCCAUAAAUAAGUGAAUUUUUAGGUCCAGUGGUGACAGAUCCAUAAUUCAAGUAUAAUUUUUGAGUUUAAUAAAAGAAAUAAUUUGACUGAUAUGGCAUCAGCAUUAUUCAUAAUGUCAAUGGGCUGUGGAUCUUUAGUGGGACCAUUAUUAGGUGGAUCUGUAUAUGAUGGAUUUGGUGGUAAUGUUAAUCUAACAGGAUCACCACCCUAAGAAAUGGUAGAUUAAGAAAGAGAAGCAUUUAGAAGAGCUAUGAUAUGUCUAGGUUUAUGGUAAUUAAUAGCAGCAACAUUGUUCUUUUUCUUUGGAGAUGGAUAUAAAGGUUGGAGUGAUUGUUGUAGAUCUUGUUCUACUGGAUAAACUCCAUCCUCAGAACAAGAAUAAUAAUUGACUAAACCAUUAAAUGAUGAUACCUCAGAUGAUGUAAUGAGUGAUAAUGAUACUUUGUCUUCAGAAGCAUCUGUUGGAAAUGAUAGUGAUUUGCUAUAAGGACCACCAAAAAAAACAAUUACAAUCAGAAAAGAAGCAAUAUGAAUUUGUA